CAUUGUGGGGUUGGAUAAAGAACCUAGUGAAAAUUGAAAACAUACUUAAAACCACAACAAAAGUUCAAAGCCGAAGUUGUUGAAGAGAAACAAGGACAACGCUAACACUGCAAAGUGCAAACAAACCAAACUCGAUCACUUCAAUCGAAACAAAUCGAUUGGAUUCCGAGUGAACGGAAAGAGAGAAGAACGAACAAAACCCUAAAAUGGAAACGCACGGUGGAGGACCCCUUCGUUCUCGCAGUUCACAGUCCCCUUCUCCCUCUCACUCUGCCUCCGCUUCCGCCACCUCUUCCAUCCACAAGCGCAAGCUCGCGCCCGAGGAUCACGCGCCUCUCUUCCCUCCCUCUUCCUUCUCCGCCGACACUCGCGAUGGCGCCCUCACCUCCAAUGACGAUCUCGAGAGCAUCUCCGCCCGCGGCGCCGACUCCGAUUCCGACGAUGACUCCGAGGACGCCGUCGUCGACGAGGACGAGGACGAUUACGAUAAUGACAACGACUCCUCCAUGCGCACCUUCAACGCCUCCAGGCUCAACAACCCUCCCUCCGCUCCUCGCAACACCAAGCUAAAGACCGAUAACUCUAAUGUCAAAAUCGAAAACUCCGAUGCCGCCAAAGACGCCGGAACCGCCGGCACUGGUGUUUCCACCACCGUCGGCUCCGUCACUGGCAUCGUGGUUAAGGAGGACGCCACUAAGAUUUUUACUGAUAAUUUGCAAACGAGUGGGGCUUAUAGCGCCAGGGAAGAGAGUCUCAAGAAAGAGGAGGAAGCAGGAAGGCUCAAAUUUGUAUGUCUUUCGAACGAUGGUGUUGAUGAGCAUAUGGUUUGGUUGAUUGGAUUGAAAAAUAUAUUUGCUAGGCAACUUCCCAAUAUGCCCAAGGAGUACAUUGUCCGACUUGUUAUGGAUAGGAGCCAUAAGUCAGUAAUGGUUAUAAGGCGUAAUCAUGUUGUUGGAGGCAUUACAUAUCGCCCAUAUGCAAGCCAGAAGUUUGGUGAGAUUGCCUUUUGUGCAAUUACAGCUGACGAGCAAGUAAAAGGUUAUGGUACCAGAUUGAUGAAUCAUCUAAAACAGUAUGCACGGGAUAUAGAUGGACUGACACAUUUCCUCACAUAUGCUGACAAUAAUGCUGUUGGCUAUUUUAUCAAACAGGGAUUUACUAAAGAGAUUCACCUGGAGAAAGAUCGAUGGCAAGGUUAUAUAAAGGAUUAUGAUGGAGGAAUUCUCAUGGAAUGCAAGAUAGAUCCAAAGCUCCCUUACACUGAUUUGUCAACUAUGAUUCGUCGUCAAAGGCAGGCAAUUGAUGAAAAGAUCAGAGAGCUGUCAAACUGUCACAUUGUUUAUGCUGGAAUUGAUUUUCAGAAGAAAGAAGCUGGUAUUCCUAAAAAAAUUAUUGAUGACAUACCCGGUUUGAGGGAGGCUGGAUGGACUCCUGAUCAGUGGGGUCAUUCACGAUUCAGAACUUUAAGUGGUUCUACUGAUAGUGCGACAAAUCAAAAACAUUUGACUGUGUUUAUGCGUUCACUUCUAAAGUCAAUGAACGAUCAUGCUGAUGCUUGGCCUUUCAAGGAACCAGUUGAUGCACGGGAUGUUCCUGACUAUUAUGACAUCAUAAAAGAUCCAAUGGAUUUGAAGACAAUGACUAAGAGGGUGGAGUCAGAGCAAUAUUAUGUCACAUUUGAGAUGUUUGUUGCGGAUGUCAGAAGAAUGUUUGCGAAUGCACGGACCUAUAAUUCUCCCGAAACCAUUUAUUUCAAAUGUGCUGCAAGGUUAGAAGGUCACUUUCAAAGCAAAGUGCAAGCGGGUCUCCAAUCUGGUUCCAAAAUUCAGUAGGGACACAGGACACUUCAAUAGAGUCGCGUACCCUGCUUUCUGUUGAAGUGAAGAUGUUACUUAUGUAUAUUAUUCAGCUCAUAUUUUCCAUAAUUAUGUCCCAAACUAAUUCAUUAAUUCAUAGUUAUUUAACCAAUUUUCCAU